AUGGCGGCGGGAUCGAGGAAGCGUAGGCGUCCAGAUGGGCGGGCGGCCUCUCCACCUUUGACUGCGUCGCCUCUGCUCACCCGAAACCUUCAGCUGCUCCCAGUCGGCCUCACACAGCUUCCCAACGACGAAACCUUUGUCAACCGGCUGCGACAAGACAUCGAAGCUCUUUCAUCUGCCUUCGCAGAGGCGUUGCUGCUGACUAUAGUCGCCAAAGCAAAUGCAGCUUCUCUAGCCGAUAGUACAGGCUCAACUUCAUCUUCGAGCGUCGGACCUUCUUUAAACAUCCCAAGCACAGAAGGAUUUGCGGUUUCGCCUUUCUCAGUGUUCGUACACAUAUGGCGGGAGAAAGGAUGGCACUAUGUCCAAUUUGCCUUCGGAGAUCAUACGGACAGCAAGCGUGCGAUCAGCGAUGCCAUCUGUCGCGUGCUUCUAGAGGGCCUGGAACCCUACGUGACUGCUCGAAACCGCAGCCAUGCGCAAGAUCCAGAGCUGCCUCAUCAAAUGAAGUUGAUGAAUCUCAAAGACAUGUUCAAGACGAUGGCCAUUCCCUUUGCGCUCUACCUUUUCUGGUCGACGCAGAUACACCCUACUUCUGGCAUCGGCGUCAAGCAUUGCCGGCCGGCCCUGGAGCGGAUUCCGAUCGAACAGGAUUACUAUGACCUACUUCUCGAUCUCCCCGAGGUAAUACUGAGGCACUUGCGGGAGGAAGAAAGGACGAAAAAUCUCUCUGAUGCCUUGACUGCCGACCUAGUGGAGGUCCUUUGUCGUCUCGUCGGCGAACCAUCUCGCAAUGACUCGCACUUCGAGGCUCGGCAGCCGCCUUCCCUAGCCCCUUCGGCCAAAGCUGUUGGCAAGAAGCGUAGACAGCCCUGGCAAGACGAUGUCAGUGCGGAGAAUGGCACAGCGAAGAAUGAUUCCGAUCCAGUCUUUGAUAUCAUUCCAUCUUCUUCCCUGGCAACCCGCCUGCCUCGCAUCUGGCCGUCUGUUCGGGUCAUGUCGUCACAGGAAGCGAACAAGGAGUUCGGUCGGAUCGGAACCAUUGUUCGCAUCUCUCCGAAGGAUGGUUCAGCAACCGAAGCCAGCGGAAACGUGGACUCCAGCUCAGCUGCGACAGGUACAAGAGAAGCCAUUGUCGGUCUCUCUCGCGGCGAUGUUGUCCGCUUGAAAGCCAAGCAGCGCCUUGCCAAGGCCAACAUGGAUCUUUCCAGGAUUCUGGAUCAGGACAAUCAAUCAGCAGGUGCCACUCACCAUUCGUCAUCAUCAGAGGGAAGCGCAGCAACACAUCCUCUGACGCUUGCUUCCGCUUCGACAUCCGAGGAGACUCCGGCUCAGCCGGUCCGAUACGAAAUCGAUACGCCAUCCUGGAUCAAGAGCGCCAAGUAUACAGCCAAGAUGCAACCCUGGUUGGAACAAUCUUCCACACCCAUACAGCCGUCGCUGCAGCGCAUCUUCAAGAACAAGCAGCGUUACAGCGAGGUGCGAGAAAAGAUCAUGCGUUCCAAUGCCCCGAUCGAUGACGCCGCUGCUGCGGAGAUGGCUGACGGGCACGAGAGUGGCACAGAUUAUGGCAAGUGGAUCCUGCAGAGAUUUCGAGAGACAAGAAAGGAGAUGCAGGCGAAUACCGAAGGAUCUACGCAGGAGGAUGUUUCAGGUUUGCCCAAUGUCGACGAUCAAGGGACACUAACAUUGGAUGCGUUGUACAGAUUGGCGGCGGAGCGGACGAAGACGAUUGCGGUGGAACGUGGGGAGAUGCUCAAGAGCGCUAGAGCAAAUGGCUCACGUCCCGGUUAG